AUGGGUGUUGUCGGCAGUAAACCCGACGAUGGCUCAGCCGUCGCCCUCAGGGAUCAGAAUCGAUUAUCCAUCUCCUCUCUUGUCAUUUCCAAUCCUCGAAAGCGUAGCGCUAUCACCAUUGUUCCCAAUGCAUUCCCAGCAACCAAAGUUACUGCCACGCGGACGUCGGGAGAUACAGGCCCAGUAGAGUUUAUACAGGACACGGAACCCUCCCCUGCGCCAAACUUCUUACUCAAGUUGAACAACGAUGACGAACUCGUCUUCACCUUUACAUUUAUCAUUCGACAGGAUGCCAGCAGCGGCGCUGCCACAGAUGCUCAUAUCAAUGGCUUGACAUAUGUGUAUGCCUCCAACAGCAGAGAGGUCGAGAAUCUAGUCACUCGAGAGUUCCACGCCGACCCGAAUUUACACAAGAAUGCCAACGUCGAAUUGGUGGGAGACUUCAAUACCGGCGGCAGUCCCUCCGUAAGCUUUGACUGGUCAUGGAAAUGGAAACCACCAAAACCCUUGGAAGAUCGCGGUGGUGGAUGGCGGAACGCCUGCAGUUUCGUCGAAUACGACCACAGAGCCCACAAGUUGGUUGCUUUGGCAAGUUUUUCCUUCUGGGUUGCCAACACUACGACAGUCCUUUCCCAGCCAAGCUCGCCAUCCCCGGUCUUUCAAUUGGCAGUUCCUCCCAAGAUUCGUAUCGCCUCAGCGCAGUCUGUUGAGUCGCGUAUUAGCGAGGUGGACGAGCCAAGCUCUCCACUGAACCUGCAGCCAGACACUAUUCCAAUAGCUCCUAUAGAAUCCAAUGUGUCGCAACAGGCCAUCAAAGUCGACGUGGUCUGCCCGCGACCUGGAGACGAUAUGACUGUCAGCGAUGACGGUCCCGUUUUCCGCGCCACAAUCAAAGCACUGGAGCAGAAGACUGGAAACAUGAGAACCCAGAUGAAGAGAGUUCUCAAGAAAGCCGAACAGGCGCACGCUGCCCAGAUCGAAGCCAAUGAUGCCUUUGCCAGUUUCGUCGAAAGUCUGCGCGAGGCGUCCAGCACAAAUGCCAAUGCCGUACAGCCGGCUAUCGAGCAUUAUUUUGACAAGAUUUCGCGAGAAAUCCUGGCUUACGAACGACUAAACGCCGCAAACCUGCAAAAGACAAUCAUUGACCCAAUCAGCAAGCUGUAUACUUAUGAUAUCAAACAGGCCGAAAGCAAGAAGAGAGACUUUGAGGAAGAUAGCAAAGAUUAUUAUGCUUACGUUUCUCGAUAUCUGGGCCAACGUCAGGACUCGGUCAAGGCUAAGAAGCUGGUCGACAGCGACAAUAAAUACCAGACAAAACGGCGGAAUUUUGAGCUCAAACGCUUUGAUUAUUCCUCCUUCGUACAGGAUCUACAUGGAGGUCGCAAAGAACAAGAGGUCCUGUCGCAUCUGACGAAGUAUGCUGAUACUCAGGCGCGGAACUUUUUGACCACGGCAAAGAAGAUCGAUGGCCUGCUACCACAGCUCGAGGCUCUCUCGAAUCAGGUACAAGAAGCGGACAAGGAGUUUCAGUAUCAACGACGCGAGAGGGAGGAGAAGAGAAGAGUUCUUGAGAAGAGCAACCUUCAGUAUAACGAACCAGAAACUGUGGCUUCAGCCACGAGCCCGGCUCCCAUUUCAAUUGGUUCGACGGCAAACGGAAUAUCAUAUGCAUCUGAUUCCGAAAUCGGGCGUGCGGACAGUACCAGCUCUCAGCUGAAAGCUGUUCUCACAGGCAGCUCAGGCACAACAAUAACACCAGGAGUUGAGCUUUCAAGGUCGCCCGGAAGCCUAGGCCAGGCCUCGGUCGGCAGUCCGUCACAAGCAUCCAAAUUUAGGGGCAUCCGUGAUUUGGAAGAGAGGGAUUUCUCUCAGUCUCUCGGGCUUGAUAAGAGCACAUCACACAGGAAAGAGGGGCUGCUAUGGGCACUCAACCGGCCAGGAAGUCAUGUAGAUCCACGGGCGUUGACGAAGCAGCAGGGUUGGCACAAAUUCUGGGUGGUGCUCGAUCAAGGAAAACUAUCCGAGUACAGCAACUGGAAACAGAAGUUGGAUUUGCACAUGGAUCCGAUUGAUCUCCGCCUGGCCUCUGUUCGCGAGGCCAGAAAUGCCGAGCGGCGGUUUUGUUUUGAAGUAAUCACACCGCAUUUCAAGCGAGUAUAUCAGGCUACUUCUGACGAAGAUAUGAACAAUUGGAUCAUGUCAAUUAACAAUGCACUGCAAAGCGCAGUCGAAGGACGUGGCAUCAGAGAUUUGCCGACAACAUCGUCUUCAUCCACUAGUGAUUCAACCACCUUUAAACGAGACAUUGGAUCCGUUUUGACAGGGAAAAGCACAUCACUCAACCACGGCCACGGACAUCAAGGAGCUUCAGCGGCUGGCAUUCCCACACGACGUAUUACUGUUGGCGCCCGACCACCGGCUUCCCAAAGACCCGCAAGCAGUACCUUUGACGACAGUCCGGAUAAAUUGCUGCAAAUGUUGCGAGAUCACGACCAAGGGAACCUGUGGUGUGCUGACUGUGGCAGUGGAGCCAAGGUUGAAUGGGUCUCUAUCAAUUUGGCCAUUAUCCUAUGCAUCGAGUGCAGUGGAAUCCAUCGAUCUCUAGGCACCCACAUCAGCAAGGUCCGCUCUCUAACACUCGACAUCACGUCGUUCACACCCGAUAUCAUCGAGCUGCUCCUUCUUGUUGGAAAUCGAGUCUCAAAUAUGGUUUGGGAGGCCAAGUUGGAGGCCGGAAUCAAGCCGGGCCCUCAAGCAUCGCGAGAGCAGCGACUAAAGUUUAUUACGGCCAAGUACGUCGACAGGGCCUAUGUUGAACCAAUCUCAGCAACUCUAUCAAGGUACCCUUCGGCAGACGAAACUCUCCUUGCUGCUAUCAAACGCAAUGAGAUACAGCAGGUUAUUUACGCUUUGGCGCUCAAGGCUAAUCCAAAUGUCCUGGACAAGUCUCGUGGCACGCAUGCUGUAUUCCUUGCCCUGGCAGCUGCAGACCCGGCUUCGCCAUCCCCUUCGACCACGCCUCCGGGACGCAGCGACACGGACGGUCCAAUCAAGCCAUUUCCAGUCGCUGAGAUGUUGAUCCAGAAUGGAGCAGAGGUGCCUGCUACCAUGCCCGCUUUCCCUCUUAGCCACAGCGCCCAGCUGUAUAUUGAGGCGAAGCGUGGUCGCACCGCCGCCAUCGAUGCGCCAGGCGUGUCCAUGACAUCGAGCUUGAGCCCCAGUCCCAGCGAGAGGGGGCGCCGAGACAAGGAUCGGUUGCAAAAGCGUAUCAGUGCAGGAGGCUACCUGGCGACGUCGCCGAUACCCGAACGAUAG